AGGCUCCACCUGGUCCUGAUGAGGAUACUGGCAAUACUGUGAACUCAACUGGAAACAAUAAGAACGAUACACAGGUCGAAGAUGAAAAUAAAGCCAACCUUAUAAAUCAAGUCUUAGAGCUACAAAAUACUCUCGAUGAGUUAUCGCAACGGGUGACCCGCGUGAAAGAUGAGAACGCAAAGUUAAAGUCUGAGAAUCAAGUGCUCACGCAAUACAUUGAUAAUCUCAUGGCAUCAUCUACGGCUAUGCACGGAAGUGCAUCGAAAGCGAACAAUGCCGCCAUGCCUGCGCCGCCAAAGAAGGGUCUGUCUUCAUUCUUUGGACUGGGCGGUGCCAAGAAACCCACGUGAAGCUAGCAUAGUCUUUUCAGUAUAAUUCAAUUAUUUAUCCUCGAAGUGGAAAACGCCACAGCAGUCAGCACCAAGUUUGGUGUUCGAAAUCAGAUUGUAAUCUAGUGGACGAACUUUAUGCCAUGCGGUCCUUGAAGAUAUUCUCAGUCGAAAUGGAAAGCCAAGCUAUUUUUCUUUUACAACGGCUUCCUGUACCACUCUAGUGACCAAUUCUGCUACUUUUUUCCCGUUAAAAAUCCUUUAAUUGACACUUACAAUGCACUUUACUUAAGACUCGAGCUUCAUUAUAGUCAUUCACGUGCAAAUCCUACUAAUCUGCCUUGCCAUGGUUUCUAACAAUGUAUGGUAUCUGCGGUGCACAAUCUGCAGUUAUAAAAAUAUAUCCGCGUAUACACAGUUCGAGUUAUGCGGAGAUACGUACGGCAUAUUCAGCUUGCGUAUUCGGAAUACACCGAUAAUGAAACAAAAAAAAAUCGC